AUGACUCACCGGGUUAGUUCCAUCAUUGCAACAUCCACCGUCCAAAAGAAAGAAGAUUCGGGAGCCUUCACCAUUCCAUGUACUAUUGGGGCACGUGAUUUUGCAAGAGCCCUUUGUGAUAAUGGGGCUAGCAUCAACUUAAUCACUCUUGCCAUCUAUAAGCAAGCGGGGUUAGGUAUGCCAAAGCCCCCAAGUAUGAGGUUGCAAAUGGCCGAUCAUUCCAUAAAAAGACCGGUGGGAAUUAUUGAUGAUGUGCUUGUUAAAGUGGGAAAGUUUCAUUUACCCGCCGAUUUUGUAAUCCUUGAUUGUGCGGUUGACAAAGAGAUCCCUGUCAUUUUGGGGAGACCAUUCCUUGCCAUGGGAAGAGCACUAAUGGAUUCGGAACGGAAUGAGAUCAAAUUUCGUUUGAAUGAUGAAGAGGUUACAUUCCAAGCAAGCAAGGGUAUGAAACUACCACAUGAGUAUGAAAGCAUCUCGGUGAUCGAUGUUGUUGAUGAAGUAGAGGAUGCGGUUGAAAUGAAAAUGGAAGAACAGUGCCUCAGCGAGGCAUUGGCGGCUAUUUUGGUGAACUUUGAUAGUGAAGACAUGGAAGGGUAUCUGGAAUCGGUAAAUGCAUUGGAGGGGCUUGGAUCUUCACUUAUGCUCCGGCAAAGCUCUCUCUCCAUUUGGAGAAUAGAGCCACUCCGCCCGCAAAGCCUUCUAUUAUCGAGCCACCGCAACUAG